AUGACAAUCAAGAAGAGUCAAGGGCAGACGUUGCAGAAAGUUGGCCUCUACCUUCCAAAAUCGGGAAAUACAAUGCAGGCUACGAUUCGAAAACAUGAUGUAGAACAUUUUAAACAAAUACUUUCUGAAGGCAAUGUGUAUGUUAUUGAAAACUUCAAUGUCAUACCGAGUAGAGAUAAGUACCAAGUUGUCAACCGCAAGUAUAUGAUCCAAAUUAGUAACUGGACAAAUAUUGUUGAAAUCAAAGAUGAUGCAGCGUCAAUUCCAUUUCAUAUUUUUAGCUUCAUCAGUUUUGACAAUAUAAGAAACAAAAGGCACGAUGACGGUUGCCUUCUAGAUGUCCUUGGGAGCAUUGCAGCUAUUAGUCCUAUCUACUAUACAUAUGUUGGCCAGGAUCUAACUCCACUACGAAACUUAGAGAUGCAAAAUGCAGAGAGCGAUACUUUCUCUGUGACAUUAUGGAAUAAAUUUGUAUUAGACUUUGAUGAUCGUCAAAUUCAUGAAAACAAGGCUACUGGUCCAGUUGUAGUUGUUUUUGCAAGUAUGAGUGUGCGCAUUUACAAAGAAAAACUUCAGCUAUCGACAUAUUCAGCAUCAAGGUUUUAUAUUAAUUUACAUAUUCCAGAGGUUGCAACAUUUCAGGAUGCGCUACAACAGAGACAAAUGCCAGUUGGACCAAUUCAGUAUAUUGAGGUUGCAGAGCAAGCAAGCCUUACCCCUUAUGAACAAAUAUCUAGCAACCGUAAAACUAUUACUGAAUUGAUUAAAUUAGAUCCUAUAGAAAGCCAGUGUUAUAUGCAGAAUACAAAAUACACCUGCGAAGCAAAAUUAGUAAAAAUUGAUACAACGUAUGGUUGGUGA